AAUUUCAAGUCGAGUGUGACGCAAUAAUUUGACAGAUCGCCACACAAGAAUGAUUUGUUAUCUUUUCCUAAAACACAAAUAAACCAUAAUGCCUGUGAUACUUCUAGACCGGAUACCGCUGCCUAGUCUUCGUGCAUACACUAGUCUCUCUGUUGUAUUGUUGUCAUGUGCUGUGUUUUAUGCCUAUCAAUGUGUUCUUGCUUUCCAAACAAACCCACAUAAUUCUGAUCUGAAUGGAGCCGGAAUCGAACAUAAUGUUAACAUCGGUGGUUCAAAAGAAAUCAGUGACAUAUUGAAUGAUCCAGAUGUAGUAAAAGAACCAUUACCAAGUGAAUUUGACAUUCAGCUGCCAUAUGAGAGUUUUUGGUGGAAUGUAGUCUAUGUUUUAACUUCAGAAAUAUGGUGCAUUUGGACUGUUGUAAACACAGCAUAUUGCUGUCUUAUUCUUCUUGCCAAGUUGAUUCAGAAAGCUGUAUUUGGAGAGUUAAGAGUUGUAGAAAAGCAGCAUCUGAGGGAUAAGUUCUGGAACUUUUUGUUUUAUAAGUUCAUUUUCAUCUUUGGAGUGAUGAACGUUCAGACAAUGGAAGAAGUCUUUGUAUGGGUUGCUUGGUUCACCUUCCUGGGAUUUUUCCAUCUGUUGACUCAGCUGUCAAAAGAUAGGUUUGAAUAUUUGUCAUUUUCUCCAACCACACCAAGAUUGAUGCACAUGAAGCUGCUGAGUUUAUUAGGAUUUAUACUAUUUAGUUGUAUGGUAUUGUUAUGUGCAUGCACCUACAUUGGAUUACACGCUGGAAUCACAAUCUUUGCUUUUAUGGCUGCAGAGUGCCUUAUCCUAGCAAUUAGAUGUCUGCAUGUCUUAGGAAGAUAUUUGAUUCACCUGUAUGAGAUGAAUGUAGAUGGAGUAUGGGAAAAUAGAUCUAUAUAUAUUUAUUACACUGAAUUAAUAUUUGAGCUAUCAGCCAUAUCAAUAGACUUUGGUCAUCAUCUUCAUAUGCUUUUAUGGGGUAACAUUUUCCUGAGUAUGGCUAGUUUAGUUAUCUGUAUGCAGUUAAGAUUUCUGUUUUAUGAAUUUAAAAGAAGAUUGAAUCGUCAUCAGAAUUACAGAAGAGUUGUGAAGAAUAUUGAAGCUAGGUUUCCAAAGGCAACAGAAGAAGAAAUCAAAGACCAUAAUGACAAUUGUGCUGUUUGUUGGGAGAGAAUGGAAUCAUCCAGAAAAUUACCAUGUGGUCAUCUCUUUCACAAUGCUUGUUUGUUGUCAUGGUUAGAGCAGGACACAUCAUGUCCCACUUGUCGGAUGUCACUAAGUGAAGGACCCCAAGGUGAUCCAAAUGGAAAUGUUCCAGAUGAAACAGGGGAUGCCAGACCUAACGUGCCACACCCACCUCAUCCCCCUGCAAACCCCACGACUACCAACCAUUUCUUCCACUUUGAUGGAUCCCGGUAUGUGAGCUGGCUACCCAGUUUUUCUGUAGAAGUAACACAUACACAGUUAUUACCACAUGGUGGAGCCAGAUUACCAGCCUUACAGACAUCACAGCUAGAUAACAUGGCACGACAGGUUUUAUCUGUGUUCCCACAUAUGCCAUUGAAUUUAGUAACAGAAGAUCUAAGAAAUACAAGAUCAGUAGAUUUUACUAUAGAAAAUAUUUUAGAAGGACGACUAGAGGCUCCUCCUCCUGGUACCUUGGUUACAAGAGCAGCAAUGGGAGAUAGUGAAUCAGAGGAAGAACCAGAAAACCAGCAAACUAAAGGUCAGAUAAAUGGUCAUGCUGUAACUGAACCAGAGACCCAACCAAUCAAAACUGAAUCUUCUCCAAAGCAAAAGAAACAGACCACACCAAAGCCUGCCAAACCAACCAAACAAGAACCUGCUAAAAAGAAGAAAGUUUUGAAGGAAGCUGAGGAAGAAAAGAAAAAUGUUAAGAAUGUACCUGUUCCUGAUGAUACAGAUGGAUGGACAACCUUAGUGAAAGGAGGAAAAAAGAAAGGAGGAAGGAAAACAGAAACUGUUGAGGAAAAGUUGACUGCAGACAAGAUUGUUGAGAAGGUUAAAGAACAAUUGUUGCUUCCUUCGGUCAUAUCACAGACAGGAGCAAUGGCGUUAGCUGAAAAUUUAUACCAAGAACAGAAUGACAGACAAACAUAUAUUGAUGAUAAUAUUCCUUUGUUAGAGGAAAACAGACAAGAAAUAAGGGAACCAGUUGCAGGUCCUUCAACUUUUGGAGGGAGAUUCUCAAAAUCAACAAAUGAGAGGGAAGAAAUGUUAAGCGACAGAAAAAAUUCUAUGUUAGAAAUGGCUAGAAAGAAAUAUUUAGGCAAAACUAGUACAAACCAAGGUGAUCUGAAUUGUGAAGAAGAAAGUGGAAUUAAAAACAUUUUACACACACAAACAUCAACAGAAGAAUAUCUUAGAAGGCCAGAUUAUACACAUACACACACAGAGGACUCUCUUAGAGACUAUACACAAACAGAAGACUCUCUUAGAGAUUAUGCACACACAUCAACAGAAGAUCCCCUCAGAAGGAGAGAAUUACAUUAUAAGGCAGCACAAAAAAGAUUUAAUGGAGAAACUCAAUUGUAAAUUAUUAAAAAUGAUGUAUAUUAUUUGUUAAUGUAAUUAAAUUUUUAAAAUAUGGGUUUGAAAUGUGAUAUUUUCCUGUGGUUAUAUUUUUUUCAUCAAUAAAAAAUUGUUUAUGCUUCCUUUCAAAAACAGUCCCUAAAUGCAAAUUUUUUGCAAAUGUAGAAAUGGUCUGCAGAAUAUAAAUUAAAAAUAGAAAAUCUAUAUAAAUAUCAAGUGUUGCAAAAAAUAUCAUCAGUAACAAGCUAUUAAAGGAAAGAAUAAGUUUAAAACACAUUUUUAAACUUUGAUAGAUUAUGAUUUACUUUUUGUAAACACAAGUUUAAGUAAUAAAAAUACUUUGACUAAAGUGUUUAUGAUGGUUUGAACAUUUCUUUUUGAAAAUAUUGAUGCAUAAUACAUUGUUUAAACAGGGCCCAGAUAGUUUCAAUUUAAUGAAAAGAUUAUGUAAUUUUAGAACUUAUCCUGAUUUGAAUAGAUAGUGAUAAGGUGUUUAAGAAGGGAAAAGUAAAAUAAAAUGUAUCUCAAUAAAUUGAAAUAAAAAUCCAAUUCAAACGUUUUUUUUUUCAUGUUUAUCGAUAUCAGUAGAAAAUAGUUAUUACAGCUAAUUUCCUAAUGUUUGUAGAGUGAAAAUUUGGUAGGCUUGCUUGCUUUGUUUGUAUAAAUGUUAAUUCAAGCUUAACAUUAAAGAUUGACAUCUUCAAACAAUAUAUAUAGGAAAGUUAACCUGUAUAUAUUGUAUUUAAAUUAGAUUGGACUUAAUUCCAAUUACAAUUGUACCAUUAUACAAACAAAGCAAAAAAGGUAACCAAAGUCUUGCUUUACAUGCAUUUGAAAAUUAGCCGUAAAUUAAGUUUUAUUAUAUAUGUAUAUUGUAAAUUUAUUAUAUUUGUACUCUUCACCGGUGAACAUUUCCUUGUGUUCAAUCUUUAUGUUUACUAUAUAAGCCACAUAUGUAUAUGAUAUGCGUUUCUGUAUUUUAUGAUAUGAAGCAUGCAUAUAUUUAUGAUAAAUCUCAAUACACAAUCAAAGAGAGCUGGUAAACAGGCAAUAAGAGAGCGAAAAAGAGACAGUACUGAUUGUUUCUGAAUAUCCAACUCCGUGUUGAUGUGUUUCCUUGUAUAAUACAGAAUCAUCAGGGAUUGUGGGAUGUUUACUCAAAUGGAUCAUAUGUAUUGUAAAAUUUGAAAGAUAAGAUAACAAUUUAUUACUUCUUAUGAAUUAGUAUGAGCUUUUUGCAAAGUACAGUAGAAAAAUAAUACAAUAGACAACUUUCGAGUUUGAUGCAUUUCUGUCAAAAACUUUGGUUUUAGUGAACGUCAUUUGUGCGUUUAGGGGCGUCGUCACUUCCGUUCCAAUGUGGUCAGAAAACUAUAAUCUAUAUUGGAGGAAUUAUUCGACAAAUUGAAUUAUCAAAAUUGACAAUCAGCAUUGCUGUCAUUAGGGAAUUGUCAUUAACCAUUAACCAUUAUAUCUAAUAUAUAUAUAUGCACAAUGACCAUCGCUAAGACGCUUGAUGAACGUAAAUAGUGCAGGGAUACAGGCGACCCCCUCUAUCUGGUAAAUGAUGUCAUAAAGGCACGUAUAAUUGACGAGUUUUUUCCGGUGAUGGAUGAACUCGAAAGUGGUCUAUUGAAAACCUUAAAUAUAUUUCAGUUAAGUUUUUUGUAAAUAGUCUGUGGCUGUAUGUACAUACACUUAUGUUUGUGAAAUACUCUGUGAUAUUGUAAAUGUACAUAAUUUUAACAUUAAAAGCAUAGGCAUUUUUAAUCAUACAUAAAUGAUAAUCUACAAAAUAACAUUUUUUUUAAAUUCUCAGAUUCUGCUUUUGUUGUUCAUGUGCUUGAAAAUCCUUUGUUAGAAAGUGCCUUUUCACUAUAAAAUAAUUUUGAUAUAAAUUAUAAACAUUUUAACCAAGUAAUUUGUUUCAGUUGUACAUAAAUAAAAUGUAUGUAAAUUUAAUAUGUCAUACCAACAUACUUUAUAUUUUGUUGUUCUUACAACUCUAUGAUUAUUAAACUAUCAUUUUACAUACAAAAAAUAUUCAUAAAACUAUAACUGUAAAAUGCUUUUUAUGCCUAUUCUGUGGCAGAGGGUGCCAUUAAUUGUUACCCUUGUCUGGCUGUAUGUCCCAAAAUUAGUCUCAAUUCUUUGACUUUAGUUUGUUAUGAAACUUAAACACAAACUCAGAUGAAGUUUUAAUUUUGGUGGCAUCACUUUUAUCAUUGUAGAGUUAUGCCCCUUUACAAUAAAAAAUGCAGAUUGUUUUGUCUGUUCUCUAACUUUAGUUUGCUUCAUCCAAAGGUUAUGAAAUUAUACACAAUGUAUAUUAGUACUAAACACAGUUCAAGAAUGAAUUUGGGUAGGGUCACUAUUACUGUUCUUGAGUUAUGUCCCUUUAUAAUGUUGUAUUCAAGGGAGUGCAUAAUCUGUUUCCCAUGGGCACAUUCCCUAUUUAUCUUAUUUGACUUACCAAACUGAUAUCAAUGGUACAAUCAAUUUUGAUAAGUGAUCCUUCCUAGAUCCUAGUGAUGAAUAAAACAAGACUAGAAGAAAUGAAAACUUUCUGUAAAAGACUGUUUUAAAUUCUAGUUGUCAGUAUAUCGUUUUUUAGUGUAGUUGAUUUAUUUAAAAAUUCUGUUCAAAGACCUUCAAAAUGGCAAUAGAAGGGAGGUAACUCUUGUUCAAAAGGUUUCAAUUGAAAAUUGUCUUAACUGAAAUGUUAAACAAAAAGUUUUAUAUUUUCUACAAUCAUUUUUGUUGGUAAAUUAUGCAUAAUAUAAACAAAUGAUUGUGUGUGUUUUAAAAUUAGUAUAACAUUUUAUUAUAUUAACCAAGGUUUUUAAUACAACAGUUUUAUUUUUUAAAUUUAGAAAUGCUACUUAUAAACAGUUGACAAAUUGAUGCAUUACGUAUCAAUGAAUAAUAAUAAGUAAAAUUUUAUGCUGUUAAGACACAAAUGAAGUUGCUUGUAAUUUGAAACUUUUGCAAGCAGAAUAAAAAUUGUAAGCAGACUUUAAAACAUGAUUUAAAAUGUUCUCAAAGUAAAAUUUGUACAAAAAAGAUUUAAAAAGCAUGUGAAGUUUUAACUGAUGUACAUGUAUCAUAUGAGUACUGCAAAUUUAAAAUAAGUAUAAACAAUUGAGAAUGGAAAUAGGGAAUGUGUAAAAGAGACAACAAUCUGACCAUAGAACAGACAACAGCAGAAGGUCACCUACAGGUCUUCAAUGCAGCAAGAAAUUAACGCACCCAUGGCGUCUUCAGCUGUUGUCUCUUUUACACAUUCCCAAUUUAACAAUAUUUAUACUAGUUCAGUGAUAAUGGAUGCCAUACUAAACCUCAAAUCUUAAUUAAAGUUUCAGUUUAAACAAAAACAGGUGUUUUGUUUCAAAUUAAUAAGUGUUUGUUAUUAUAGUAAACGUUAGUUAUGAUUAAAACCACAACAAAUUAUUAAAAUAAGUAUGAUUAUCGAUGUAGUUUUUUUUUAAACCAUGCUAAUGAUAAAGUACAAUAUGUUUUAAGUUGUUCAAGUUGUAUGCUGUUAAUUCAAUGAACAUGGUAGUAUAAACUUGUUUAGUUGGAUGUCAAAUAUUUUAUAACAUAAUAAAAAUUAUUAUUAUCAAGAAUAAAAAAUAAAGGUUGCAUUACCAAAAUAUCAAAUUCUAUACAAUGAUAAACCGAAAUUUCCUGUUUAUCUUCCUACACUGCUUGCGAUCUCUUGGCUUUUGUAAAACUUAAAAUUUAAUACCAAGACUUCUAUUCAUGAAUUUUUUUAUUAACAUUUCCAUCAAAAGAAAUACAUUUUGGGUUUACAAACCAGUUUAGUGUGCAUUAUAAAUUAUAAUUUAGAGUUUAAUGAUUUGUCUUCUAGAAAGUAAUUUGGACAGAAUUUACCAUAGAAAAUCCAAAAAAUGUUUGAAUUCACAAUUUACAUGUAUUGAUUAUCUUGAAAAUCAGGUCAAAUAAAGAACUGUUUUUUCCA